AUGGCUCAGGCCACAGAAGUUGUUUUCUUACCCCUCAAAGAGGGGAACGACCCUCAAGGCCAGAAGUUGAAGGCUACGCUCGAAACAAUACUCAAGCAAGGCGGACCACUGCGCAUGUAUUCUGGUGCGCAGGUCGAACAUCCCAAUGUCCACAAUCUGUUCAUCGAUUGGACCAGCAUUGGCCAUCACGAGAAGUUUAUUGCAUGGGAAGGGUACAAGGCCUUUCUGGAUGAUGCUGUGAGCAUAUGCGAGGGACCCCCGAAUCUCUAUCAUGUGCAUUUCGAACCAUUUCCACCUACUGCCGCUUUCUCAGAGGUGACCGAGUUUAUCACGAUUUACUUCCCUGCCAACUAUUCGGCCGAGGACCAGAAAACCUUUCAUGAAAAUAUGAAGAAAUUCGGCAGUAUCGUCCAGCGUGAUUGGGAGGGAUGCAGGGGGGCAGCUGGUGGUUGGGUGGCUGAAGAGCUCGAAGACCCAAAGACCUCGGAGAAGGCAAAAGUCUAUGUCGAGCUCAUAGGAUGGGAAAGCGUAGAUUCGCACAUGAAGUUCAGGGAGACCCAGUCGUUCAGAGACAAUCUUCAUCUUCUGAGGGGUGCGAAAGAUCUGAAGAAUGUGGUCAUGGUCCACGUUGCAGCCAAAGAGUUCAAGGCAUGA